GCGGAGGCCACAGACGCGGCGGCGCUGGACGCGGAGGCGCGGGGCUCACUGCGCGGAGCGGGUCCGAGCUCGAGGUAGGCAACGGUGGCGAAAACCGGCCCGGGCGGCCUUGGAGCUGGGCUGCAGAGCGCCAAGCGGUCACCGGAGCCUAGGAAGGAGCUUCUUAACCCCGGUUUUGAGAUGAUGGGAUUAGGAAACGGGCGCCGCAGCAUGAAGUCGCCGCCCCUUAUUCUGGCUGCCCUGGUGGCCUGCAUCAUUGUCUUGGGCUUUAACUACUGGAUUGCGAGCUCCCGCAGUGUGGACCUCCAGUCACGAAUCCUGGAGCUGGAAGGCAGGGUCCGCAGGGCAGCUGCAGAGAGAGGUGCUGUGGAGUUGAAAAAGAAUGAGUUCCAGGGAGAGCUGGAGAAGCAACGAGAGCAGCUCGACAAGAUCCAGUCUAGCCACAACUUUCAGCUGGAGAGCGUCAACAAGUUAUACCAAGAUGAGAAGGCUGUUUUAGUGAAUAAUAUCACCACAGGUGAGAGGCUCAUCAGAGACCUGCAAGACCAAUUAAAGGCCCUGCAGAGGAAUUAUGGCAAGCUGCAGCAGGAUGUGCUCCAAUUUCAGAGGAACCAGACCAACCUAGAGCGGAAGUUCUCCUAUGACCUGAGCCAGUGUAUCAACCAGAUGAAAGAGGUGAAGGAGCAGUGUGAAGAGCGGAUCGAAGAAGUCACCAAAAAAGGAAAUGAAGUUAUAGCCUCCAGAGACCUGAGUGACAAAAACAACCAAAGUCAGCAGCCCCAGGCUCUCAGUGAAUCUGAGCCCGGACUGCAGGAAGCAGGCCUGCCCCAGGCACAGGGGCCACAAGGGAAGGGAAACGUGCCAGGCAAAGGCAAGUCCCAGACACCAGCCCCCAGUUUAGAGGUGGUUUUGGAUUUGAAGAGACGAGGUAAGCAAGAGGAAACCAACGAGAUUCAGGUUGUCAGUGAGGAGGAGCCUCAGAGAGACAGCCUGCUGCUGCUGCCGCCCCAGGAGCCAAGCCACGAACAGGCUGUGGAAGACAAACCUGUGGGUGGAAGAGGCUUUGUGGGAGCAGAACUCAGCCAAACUCCACAGGCGCCAGAAAAUCAGGAGGGUGAAGACCCUGAGCGUGACCAACUCGUUAUUCGAGAUGGGCAGGAGGAACAGGACGCUGCCAAGGAAGGGAGAAACCAGCAAAGACUAGCAGAUGAUGACUACAACAUGGAUGAAAAUGAGGCAGAAUCCGAAACAGACAAGCAGGCAGCCCUUGCAGGGAACGACAAAAACUUGAAUGGUAAUAAUGAUGUUUUUAAUGCUGAAGACCAGAAGAGAGACACCAUAAAUUUACUUGAUCAGCAUGAAAAGCAGAAUCAUACACUCUGAAAAACUGGAAUCACAUACAUCACAUCAGGACUGAAGAGAUCACUACAAAAUAUUCACAAGUGACUGAGUACUCAAAACUGUGAAAUGUACUAAUUGUACAUCUAAAGAUGAUUAUUGUACAGUUUUACUUUCUGUAGGAAAAUGGGAUUAAGACAGUUUUUGGGGGGGGUACUUUUAAAGUGUCUGCGCUAGAGUGUCAAAAUCUGUCAAACUUUUCUGGCUAAUAGUUACUUCAUUAGAAGAUCAACACCAAAAGUAGAAAACAAGUUCUUACAGUGUGAUGACACUAGCACCUCUUUAUUCUGGAAUCCAACUCUGCAGGAGAGUCCUUCUCAGAUGAAAGAGAGAUGGGUUGCACACAGAGAACUUCCUGGGUUCCCUCCUCACUGUGCCAAGUGCCAGUGCCAAUCAGCCCCUAUUUCUGUUUUCACUGGCACACACUGAAGGACUAGCUAGUUGAUUCAGACAAUCAAUGGCGAAGAGCUCUAUUAACGAAAACAGUUUUAACCAAGCCUAAAUACAACGAUGUUUUGUGUGGUAAUUUUGAAAAGACUAUUCAUAUAAAACUGUCUUCUCUAAUGUACAGGAGGCUACCAAGUGAUUUAUAAUUUGAACAUUUUUGCUCUCUACUUUCUUUGCUUCGUAUGUGUGGGCAAAGUGAAACCUUUUCUAGUAAGUAUGUAUUGUCAAAUAAUGACUAAUUAGACUUAACAGAGCUGGUAUUUGCAUGCCCACAGCAGAGCAUGGACAUACAGGUACUGCACUGAGGACAGAUGUGCAGCUUCUUUAUUACCCAAGUCAAAGUAGAAACUUGGUUGAUGUUGAAGGACAUAGACAGUGUUAUAAAUUGGAAAUGUUUAGAAAGGUGAGAGAAAUGCAGUAGUUGUUUUUGUCAUAGUUUAUACAUUUAGCUCACAAAAUGAUUUGAAAAAUCAAAGGUUAAUGAAAUGAUUUUAAUCGUAAUUCAAUGAUAAUGCAUUAAGUGUGAGUCAGUCAAUACUAUUGGUAAGCAGGCUCUUACUACUUGCCAAUCACUGGCAAAGUCAUGCUAAUGACUCACUUUCAGUGACUCUUUCUAAAGGGUGAAGUAGAAUAAUUCACAGGAUUUGAGAUGCUUGGGCCUCAGGGGUCAUUUGAUUAACACCCUGAUUUUCAGAGAGGAAAAUUGGACCCAAAAGUUGUGGGACUUCUACCUGGAGAGCUGGUCCAUAUUGCCCUGCAGUCACCAAAGGCAGGGUCUCUGUGUGUUCUUUGACUGUCCCCAACUUGAACGUUCCUCAUAUGUAAUAUCCUUUAUGCAGUCAUUUAAGAUUUGUCCAUCCAGAAAGGGCAAACUGAAGAACAAUGUGAAGGGAACCUUAGAAGACUUUAUCUCAGUCCUUUUCCAACUUCCCUUUGUGUCAUGGUCUUAGGGCUGACGUGAAUUUGCUCUUGCUUUCUCACUUAGGAAAAAAAAAUCUAUUCAUCUGUUUAAUGUGCAUAGAAUUGCUGAGAAAUAAAGUAAUCUGUUCAACGUUUAA